AUGGGCCUCUUCAAGUCGGCCAACCCACCCGCCGCUACUGGCACAGUGCCUCGAUCUUUAACGGGCCAGUCCAUUCGAGGCAAGAUAUCAGGCCCGAUUCCCAUCCCCAGCCCGGUCGACGACGAAUUUCCAAUGCGCAACCCGGGCACUGGGAUUGCUACGCCUUUGACCGAAGGCGACAUGAAGGAGCAAAUGAUGCAUCCUCCGCAGGCCGAACAAAGGGCUGGUUCGAUCGUCUCGGUCCCUCAGCCCGAAGUUUCACAGCCCCCGAGAGCAGACUCGGUGAUGGCACCAACGGGUUCCGCCGGCUCUGGCUCCGGUUCAGCAUCAUCACCAACGCCUGCGACACACGCCAACACACCUCAGUCACAAAGAAGAACAAACGGAUCCAGCAACUUGCGGUAUUCGGCUGUGAGCGCGUCAUCUGGACAGACGGGCGCGAGCAAGGAUCGGCCACAGCGCAAAAAGUCAACAUUGCGCGGCGCAUUGGGGAAGCUAUUCGGUCGCAAAAAGAAGACAGGCUCUCAGGGUUCAACCGACUCGCAGCGCGUAUCGACGUACAACGCCUCGAACCAGCACAAGAGCGACACUUCCGGGUUGAGCCGAGUCAAGGAAGCCGAACCAAAGCGAUCGGCGUCCUUGCCGAUCACCGAGUACGACAGAGCAUUGAGGUCUCACUCCAUCGGGCCCCAGGAUAUCACCGCCAUUGAGAGUGCGCGCAAUUCCAUCAAUGUCGACCCAUCUAUGUACCAAGGUCACAAGAGGGCGGCGACAGCCACCACCAGUCAGAUUUACUCAGCUCCUUUCAGCAGUCGCGAGGGGGAACUCGCAGGCCUCUCGCCUCGUCCUGCAAGCACUCAUGUACGCGGUAGUCGCUUAUUCACAGAUGAUGAUGACCCCGAAGAAAUUGGGCGAGCCAUCACUAGUGAUGUUAGCCAAAAGCGCCGAUCCAGGAGCCUCAGCGGAAUGCGAAACCCAGUAGGGCGGUCUGAAGUCCGGCGCAGAAGCGACGAAAUCCGAUAUUGGAGAGAGAGCUAUGACCCAGCCUUCAUCGCAUCGCCGGCGUCGUCCAAUAUUCCAGACCAUGAAAACCAGUUCAUGGGCAUGGCUCCUCCCAUGAGUAUGCCCGAGUCCCCAAUCGAGCAGGGGCAGGUGCACACACCACCUCAGCCAUUCUCGUUUGGGAACUUGACGCACAUGAAUGUCAUGGCUGGCAUGAAGAUCACGCAAGCCGCCAGUAUCGAGACACGUAUAGAGACACUGGAGGAGAGGAUGCAUCGUGUGGAGGACGUGGUUACGCAUUUGUGCAACUCAGUUCCUGGAUUCCAAAUCCGCAUGAAUCAACCACAACGUCCUCCGCCUUCGGUCCCAGGGUCGAAUCCGUCAUCUCAGACGACAAGCACUGCAGUCAAUCCGGCACUUCAACAGCUCUCCCGCCAGCAAGCGCCGGCCUCUCGGUACAGUAGCUCUGCGCACUCGAAAGAGUCCCGCACCUCCUUCGGCGAGACGCCCACGUAUGUCGGCUCUCUCCAACUCCCCGCGUCAAUGAACAGGCCGACGUCGAAUUCCACUAUCCGAGGUGUAACAAGCCUACCGGCACUGUCUCGUGUCGAAUCCAAUAGGCCACAAGAAACUUUCACCGCAGAUCAUUACACAAUGCUCCUCGCGCUUUUGGAGACGGAAAGAGCCUCCAGGCAGGCCCUUGAGUCUCAGGUCAAGAAGUUAACGAGACGCUUGAACAUGAUCUCUGGACCCAGCGGUCACGGCCGCAUGUCUCUGCAUAUGGAGCCUCCCCCAACGGCCAAGUCAUUUGGCAGCGUGUCUGCAUUUGACCAGGAUUCAUCCGACGACGAAGAAUCCGCAUCCAGGAACCGGCGGUUCUUUACUGAAGAUUCGGGCGUUGGCACCGGUCCUGGGGACGAAGACUCGUACUCGGAGGUUUUCGCGACGCCACGAGAAGAGCAGCAUCACGGCUACGGCGCUUUCGGGGAGGAAUUACGCGACGAGGAUGAAGACCCCCAGCGGAAGAAGGCAGCCAGAACCUUGUCGCUGAGUCAAAUGACGCUGGGCAAGAAACCAUCCUCGACGGGAGUGCGGAUUUGA